GGCAGCUCCAAUUUUUCUGUGUUGCUAUAGCAAAUCUCCAUGGCAAUGACCCUAAUCGGGGAAGGGGGGAUGCAGGGGGACGCAUGCUCAGAGUGAAUGCUGGAGUCUCGCCUGCUUGUUUCAGCUGCUCCACGGGUGAAGAGAAAGCUCAGGCUGGGAAGAGAGCUUGAAUUACUGACGCGAGCGAUGGCGUUGCCGUCUGCCUGGAGUGCGAUGCGUGUGGUGAUCCCGUUCAUCUCGGUGCUGGGCCUGCUAAGCGUGAGGCUUGUGGGGGCCAGCCAGGACUCGGGGAGUGUCAUUCCUGCCGAAAGCCGUCCCUGCGUUGACUGCCAUGCGUUUGAGUUCAUGCAGAGGGCGUUGCAGGAUUUAAAGAAGAUGGCGUAUAAUCUAGACACACGGACAGAAACCCUCCUCCUGAAAGCAGAGAAGAGAGGCCUGUGUGACUGCUUUCCUGCACUGAAAUGAGCACUGGGAUUAACCAAUGGACAUGUAUUAUGUAUUCAUUUUUAAAAUGCUGUUGAAAAAAUUACAGGAAGAUACGGAGUGCUGCACCACAAGAAAACAAUUUUUAUCCAAUCAGGUACAGCCCAGUUAGAUCAUUUUUCCUUUGAUGUGUUUUAUCAGUACUGUAUGUGAUAUUGCAUCUGCUGAAAUGUCAGAAGAAGAAGCGGAGUUAGUGUCUCAGUCCUGAGAUUUGUGUAGGGGCAGUAUCUCACUUUCCUGCUAUUUCAAGCCAAAAAUUGUCCUUAGACUCUCAGGCCAACCACUCAGCUUAUGUAAAUCGCCACAGAUCUGUCAAAGUGUAAAUGGAAUCAAGUUCUUUUAAAUAUUUAUGUUACAAGUUUGUCCCUAAAAAGAAAAUGAAACUGCUUUGCAGUGAUGCUUUGCUGUAAAUUUGCUAACAAGCAGCCGUGAUUUUAUAUAGAAAUUAGUAGUUGUCACUGCCUGCCUGGCAGCACACAGAAGGUAUUUGUUCCCGAUUGUAUCAAUAAUCCAGUGCACAGCAAACAGUAAUCUGUACCCAACGUUUGUUUCUUCAGUAGCUGUGAUCUUUUUGGAGGGAUUUAUUAAGUAUCUAAUGCGAUCGCUAACGUUUAUAAUCACAUGAAUGCUGCCUGGCAAUAGAACUGAUUGCGUCUGCCAAAAUCUUCUGGAGAAGUGUCUUUCAUUAAGCAAAUCACAGCCUGGGCUGAACCACUCUCACUGGCCGCUCCAGCAGGUUUGGCAGAAGGCCUGCACAACGCCCGCGCAGCCAGGAGCCUCCUGCAAACUGUUUUUUAAAUAUUUAGGUUCCAGCAAAAUGGUCCACGGCUCUUGCAUGGACUUAGCAGGGAGGAAUUUCACUCCACAGUGAUGGGUUGCUGAUGCUAUUAAUAUUCCCACUGCAGUCAGUGGGAAAUGAGAGGACAGAAUGGUUCAGGCAGUGUAGCAGUGGUAGACAAGAUUGCACCUUGUUACACUUUGAAAAACAGUGGCACAUCCUUCCCCCUUGUUUUCCUUUAUUUUUUAUUUUUUUUUCCCUUUUUGUUUGGGGUGGGCGGGAUGGGGAAAACAGAAGAUUCCCCCAAUGGAAAGUUAUUGUACAGAGUAACAGAUUUUCAUAAAACUUCAAAUAUCUUCCCCAAAGUGUAAUGAAUGGAAAUGUGGAGAUCAGCUAGAGCAUCUAUGUAUAAAUUUGAAAUUUUAUGCAAGUAAGAGUGUGGGAGCAGUAUCAACAACAGUGGUUUUCAAAGUUAUUUUGUCAACCCUCAUUAAAACACCCAUUUCUCUAUAAGCAGCUGAUAUUCUGCUGUCGGGCUGCUCAGUGAGCUAUGAUGGUAGAUAGUAAACUCUGUGUUUCCAAGCCUCUUCUCUCCCAUUUUAUUCCACCACUGCAGGCACAGGGAAUUGUGACCUGCUGCCAAAAUAUUUUGUGUGCAGUCACAGCCAGUAAUAUGCAGUAUUAGAAUACAGUCUGGCAAAGUAACUUGGAAGGCUGCUGGUUUGCAGUAAGGAAAAGCAUUCUUCCACCUUCAUUUAAGUGGGAAUUUUGUUGUCCUUUGUAGUAUUCCAGAAAAACCCUUUAUAGGUCAUCAGGACCCAGUUUGUAUAAAAGAGAAGCAUCAUGACACAGCAACACAUUGCUUCAAGAAGCAUUACACUCCACUAAAGCACUGGAAACUGGCUGAGGGGAAGCAGUAGAGGGUCUCAUAAUAGAGUGGUUCAUUUUACGACUAUAACAGUAGGCAUAACACAACUGCUUUCAAAUUCCAGCCUUAGGUUGCUUUACUCCCGCUUCAAUUUGAACAUAAGCAAUGCACACAUCUUGAACUGAUUUUUUUGCCAGGAGGUGGAAUUUCAGCACUGAACCUGUGAGGUUUUUCAGCACAGCUCACUUUCUGGGGACAGCAGCACGUCUGUGGUUUUGUAUUGCUGUUGUGCAUGCUUAUUCUGCUGCUACCUUAAAGAAUGUGGCAAAGUCUUGUUAGCAAAUGCUGGUUUUAUUUCGUUUGUUUGUUUGUUUUGGGGUUGUUUUUCUUUUUUGGCUGUGUUUUCAUUUAGAAAAGUGGUUGCACAUAGAUGAAUUUUGAUAUGCAGCUUGUUAUGAUAAAAAGGUGGAAUGACUGACGAGUGGAUGUUCUCUGGCUCUCAAAGGGAUCAGAGUGACACUGCAAGUUUAUAGCUGUGAUGGCAGUGAUGAGAUGUACUCCUCUUUGUCUAUAACAAUAAAAAUACAAGAUGCAU